UACGACAGACUACGAUCACAUCAUAAUUACGAUACUGGCUGCACAUUAUUCACGAAAAUUCAAGAGCCCAAUAACGGCAGAGAUAAGUCAUCGGUCACCGUGUAGUCAAGGGCGAGGCUUAAGCUUUGUUCUUGACUCGGAAUUAUUCGCUAGCCUUCAAGAGCUUACACCUGGCUGGGCGGGUCCUCCAACCGCGGUCCAUCGACCUAACAGUCAAUAGCUGCAGUUCACAUUAGAAGUUUAUAUAACUGUUCGCAUUAGAAAUGGCUACCCUUCUUUCACCAGCCUUGUCCAUGUCCACCUCCGACUCUACCCCGUUCUCUCAGUACCAUUCUCUUCGUCCGUCUCCAACACCAUCAUCAAGUUCUUCUUCAUCCAGUGACUCUUUGAAUCACGCAGAUGAAGAAAAUCUCACCAUUACCGCGUCGCGUUCAUUGCUCGCGAGAAGCAAGGGGAAGGGAAAGAGCCACGAAGACAUCCGUCUUCUCGCCAUUUCUACACACAUCACCGAACUCUCGUAUAGUAUAUCGGACAUCCAGACGCGUAUAUUUGGUACGCGACUUCUUAGUCCCAUCCGUUUCUUACCCACACAAUCCUCAGAAAUACAGGAACUACGACAUAAGUCUCAAUCUUCAGGUGAUGCAGCCGCCACUACCGUCGUCAUCGACAAGGCUCUUAUGACUCUCGACGAACGCCUUGAGGCUGUCGCCCAUGGCAUGAAAUCCGUGUCUGAAUCUGUUGCCCCCUUCCAGAACCAGCCCAAUGGUACCCCCGACUCCGAACAAGCUGCACUGGUCCGCAAGCAUGCAGUACUCGUCAUCGAGUGGGAAACCGUGCAGAAUGACACAGAUGUUCUCAGGGAGGAGCUGAAAGAGGAUAAGUGGCUCACUGUGUUCAGAACCGUCACAGAACAGGCGGACGGAAUGAUGGGAAGCUUGGAGAAGGCAGUCAAUCGUUGUCAGGAUUUUAUUUGGCAGGUACACCGAGGAGGUGCAGAUGAUUCAUUCUCGCAGUCCUCAUACAGGGGCUCAGUUAGUUCAGACAAGAAUCCCCUGAGCAUCGAGGUAUUCAAUGAGUUGCUCAGCUCGUUCGAAGCAAAGAAGAAGCACUACGUCCCGGCCACGUCCAAAGUACUUGCGAUCAUUGACAAUGGGGUGCAGAAUCGUGUCACAAAGAACGGGGAGACACUCCGACGACAUGGAGAAUCCGCUAAGAGGUGGCGGAUCCUCAAGGAGCGAAUGGCCAAGACGGAGAAAGAGAUGGAAGCUGUGCGAAAGAUCCUCACGGGUGUUGAUGUGGCUCGAAGCGAAACAGGUUCCACAGCAAAUGGGUAUCUUGCAACGCCCUCUUCGAAAGGCCGUGCACCCAGCCGAGCAACAAGUUCUACGAGCACUCUUUCGCGGAGCAUAUCACCACUGAGGAAGUUUGCAAGGAAGAUCGCUGGUCAUGUACGGUCGCCUCCGGCCCCCGUCACUCCCUUGCCUGUAUCACGAGAAUUGUCUUCGGUGUCAAGAGACUCUUCACAAUCACAGGGUCCGUCAUCGGAGCCGGUUAAGACACUACGACGACAACGCACCUCUAUAUUCGCAUUCAAUCGGUCUACUAGUGGUGCCCCACUUACACCAGAGAAAGGACACAAAUAUAGCCACAGCCUCACACCCGAGUCCUCCCCCGCCUCCAAACGUCUUGACCGUAUCGACGACCCAAAUUCAACUAUGAAACUGAAAAUGUCUAAACAGCCGUGGAACAGCUCAACAAAGGUAGAGGUGCCGGAUCCUGCGGCGACCAUCAAGCCCACUCCUCCAAAGCGGCCAAACACAAAGUCUAUCCUCACCCCGGAAUAUGCCCCUCUUGUGCCGGGCACACCUUCACGAAGGAGCCUCAGCCGUUGUUCAAAUGCGUCUUCACGGCCUUGGUCUCCUGUAACUUCAUCUGUAUCUACGAACCCUUCUAUACCUCCUCUUCCACCUCUACGUCCACCAUCACGAGCUCAAACGCCCAGCCUUGGGACGACACCACGCCCACGGCCCAAGACCCCGAGUCAAAUUCCAGCCCCUGCGCUACACUGGCGCCCCGUGUCUAUGCGGCAGCCUGAUACUGACGACGAGGAAGAGCUCACGACUCUUAUGCAGCGCGCAUUUUCUCCUCCGCAUACUAAUACAUCUCCCAGCACUUUCCGUUCACAUACCCAGAGCGGCAUACGCAUACCCCCACCGCGCCCUCCAAGCCGGUCGCAGAUACCCCUUCCCAGCGUGCACGUCUCCUCCGAGUCGCGUCCCUCGUCAACGACGUCCUUCUACCGCCCCCAAAGCCCACUUACCCCAGGGUCUCUUCUCAGGGCACAGACGCCCGAGUCGCAAUUGAAAGCAAAAGCUCAACAGGUCCAGUUUUACGGGGGCGCAGGAAACAGCGGGAUACGUACAUCUGCGCGGCAGACUGUCGCAGGGAAGCUCCCUCCUUCAUCGUUCCGCGAUUCGUCGACGACCCGGACGCCCAACUCGCGUCCGGGGUCGCGUUCAGGGUCGUACACACCCAUGGAGCGCGACCCGUUACACUUGUACGUCCCCGCGAGUGACAAGGACCCACUCGACGUGGAGGUGGCGGCGAUUGUGAAUGCGAUUCCGCACGGGCUACUGAUUGAGCGUGUGGAUCCCCCGCUCAAGGCGCCGCCGAAGGAGGGAGAGGAGAUUAGGGCGUCGUAUGCGAUUUCGAAUAGUUUGAGCCGGAAAGUGGUGACUUGCAAACUGACGACGCUGACGCGCUCCGGGGCAAGGGGGGGUGGGAUGUCGAAGAAGGUUAUGUGUCGGGUUGGAGGAGGCUGGCAAGAUUUGCAGCUCUACAUGCUCAACCGUCAGGCAGGCAUGUAGGCUUGAACAAGGAACGGAUACCCAUGCAUACCUGAAUUAUUUUUACAUUUUGCACUUUUUCACAUUUCAUCAAUCACGAUUCAGAACGGUCGCACAUAAAGAGUCAUUAGUCGCGGAACAAGUUUACUGUAUUGCAUCAUGAUUAUAUCCUCAUGUUCAUUAUGUCCGCAAACGUUUUGUAGCAGUUUUCUAUUUCUUGUUAUCCUGGCCAGGGUUUAGUUACGACUUGCUAUUGAAUUGCUAUGAUGUUUAGCUUACGAAUGGUGACUUUACGCGUACAUGUCGAUUCAUCGAAUGUAUAAAUGUUAC